GGCAAGAGGAUACAUCGUCUACUACCAACAGAACCUCCUAUUCUUGCUUAUGACCAAGAUUUAGCCAUCAACUCAACUCUGCGUUAUGAUAUUCUAUCUGGAAAUGAAAAGGAAAUGUUCUUUCUUGAUCCUCAGAAUGGAAGCCUAUUCUUGGAGAAAGAAGUUGACUUAGAAUCACUUCCGGAUUCUGUUUUUGUGCUUCAGGGAAACAAUGCAGAGUUUGCCUAUCAUCUGGUUGAUCCUAGUCAGUCCUUCAGCCUGGAUAGCAGAUCGGGUUGGCUGACUGUAAGAAACCAAGCUAGGCUAGACAGAGAGACGAGACCUUCCCUUAACAUGAGGGUUAUGGCCAGGGAAAAGACACCAUCGGUACUUCAAAUGGCUAGUGAUUCUUCAGUCAAUGUGGAAGUGACACUUCUGGAUGCGAAUGACAACAAUCCAACAUUUUUACCGAGCAACUUGUAUGAGUUCAGUGUAACAAAUUUGGCACCCAUCGGUUUCAUUAUUGGCAAAGUAAAUAUUGUUAAUGUAAACGCUAUUGACCCAGACAUCGGCAGGAAUGGCUUAGUCCGAUACGAGCUCAAAAAGGAUAAUAAAACCUUAGACACCCAGACUUACUUCAGCGUGUCACCAAUCAGUGGAGAAAUAUCUGUAAUUGGUAGCCCUCUUCCUGUCGGAAGGAGAUCUCUUUUCAUUGAGGCAGCAGACCAACCCGAGAACCCUUCGGAGAGACGCUUAUCAUUAGCAUUGGCAAGCAUUGAAGUCACUCUGUCAGCAAAAUCUGGAAUCGCUCCCGACUUUGUUGGCGCUCCAUAUGAGUUCUGGGUUGGCGAUGAUGUACCAGUUGGAACCAGUGUUGGCCAAAUUCGAAUCUCUGAAGCAGUCGAUAAGUCACGAGUGGUAUUUGAUCUACUUCAUUCUUACCAUGAAGGAGUACCAUUUGCAAUUGAAGAAAGAUCAGGAGUUAUAACAGUUGUGGAUGAAAUAUCAAAGUAUGAAAAUUCAUUAUACGACUUUGAAGCAGUUGUGACAGAUGAGAAAAGAAUGACUCUGGUCACAAAUGUCACUAUACAUAUAGUUGAAAGUGCCGUUUCUCAUAUGGAGAAACCUUCACUUUUGGAAUUCCGUGUAAAGGAAAACAAAGCAGGUGAUAUAGUUGGACGAAUUGUUGUGGGAGUGAGGAAAGGAAACCCCAAAUUUUCUUUACUGGAUGAUUUCUCUGCGUUCUCUAUUGCUCAAGAUGGAACACUUUACACGAAGGCAGCUCUUGACAGAGAACUCAGAUCAUCAUACUUCAUUACAGUUGUCGCUCAAAUUGGAAGGGCUGAACGCUAUUUUCAGGUACAUAUAACAGUGGAGGAUGAAAAUGACAACCCGCCUAAGUUUACUCAAUCCCAUUAUGAUAUUCGUGUCCGAGAGAACUGGAAACCUGAAACUCCUUUGCUGAAGUUAGCAGUAUCAGACUCAGAUCUGAAUUCAAAUGUUUGGUUAUCGCUCAAAGGAAAAGGAAAUGAACUGUUCACUUUAUCUCAGUCAGGUAGCCUGCGGCUCAACCGUGCUUUGGACAGGGAGGAGAGAUCUGUUUACACCUUCAGUGUUAUUGCAAGGGACCAAGGAAACUUAAGCUCUGAGGCAAGUAUCACAGUGCAUGUUGAAGACGAGAAUGACAACAAGCCCAAAUUUGUAGAUCUUGCUAUAUUAAGUGAAGAAGCUAGAGUAGUUCCAGGGACUGGUGACUUAAGAAUUAGUCUUGGAAACAAAACAAUUUAUCAAGAUCCCCCGACCAGAAGGAAGAGAGAAUUCCCCACUCUCAUUAUCCCCGAAACAAUGUCUUUAGGUGUAUCUGCGUUCCGUCUACAAGCCACAGACCAAGAUCUAGCAGAAAAUGGAACCAUUACCUAUGGUAUAGCCAGUGAAAGUAACAUUCCCUUCGGUCCAGUUGUCAAACUUAUCACUACACAUAAUUUUGCUGUUCAUCCAGUUUCAGGAGAAGUUAGUCUUGCAGGUCUACCAACACCUGAGUCAGAAUAUCUUGUAAACUUUACAGCUAUUGAUGGUGGUGGACUCCUUGAUUGGUCUGUGGUCAGGAUCAAAAUUGAGGAUAUCAAUAACAAUGCUCCAAUUUUUGAGAAAACCUGGUAUGAUUUUGAUGUACCUGAGGGAUCAUAUAAGUCUUUUGGGAUUGGUAAAGUAACCGCUAUAGAUGCCGACUUUGGACAGAAUGGUAAUGUCACAUAUUCAAUAUUACAGAAAAAGGAAAACUUUUCAAUAUUUCCAUUCAAGGUUGGUCCCCAAAAUGGAGAAAUCACAGUCAGUGGAGAGCUAGAUCGUGAAACCAUUGAUCUGUAUUCUUUCAAAGUCCUCGCUCAGGACAAUGGGCCAUUUGACAACAGAAUGAGAUCGACAGUUGAAGUUAUGGUUCGGAUAACCGAUGUAAAUGAUAAUCCUCCUGUCUUCUAUGGAUACGACAGAGCUUUACAAACAACACCAUCCCAACUCUUAGGUUCAGACAGGAAAGAUAACUUUGAACGUUCCAUCUUACUUCCUGUCUAUUUUGCAUCUGUAGCUGAAAACAGUGCACCUGGCAUUCCAAUUGCAAGAAUUCUCACUAAUGAUUCAGAUCUACCUGACAAUGGAAAUGGCAUUGUUGUUUAUGAUAUUCUCAGAAAGAAGAACCAUCGUCAGCUUUUUGCUAUAGACAAAGAAGGAACUGUCACAGUGACAUCAUAUUUAGAUUUUGAAACACAAGCUGUCCAUAAUGUUACAAUAAUUGCUUCAGAUCUGGGUAACCCAAGCCUCAGUUCAACAGCUCUUCUCAUUGUUACUGUCGUUGAUGUUGUUGAAUCUACUGUGGAAGAUAAAGAUAGAAGUUUGAUACCAAACAAUUACUAUGAACUAGAGGCAAAUCCAAAUGAGAUUCGUAUUGUAGUUCGAAUAAAAGAUGUAAAUGAUAAUGCGCCAAGGUUUGUUCCUAGUGGUAGACCAUUUGUUGCUGCUAUACCAUCAUCGGCAACCUAUGGUUAUCCUAUCAUACGCCUUCAUGCAGAAGAUAUUGACGUAGGACUGAAUGGUGAGGUGCACUAUGAAAUAAUGGGUCGUGAGGACUCUGACAGGUUUACAAUAGAUCCGAUUUCAGGGCAUGUUAGGGCACUUACAAGUUUCGUCAAGGAGAAAGGUCGAGUGUUCGGUUUUGAUGUCAAAGCUACUGAUAGGCGCGGAGCUCAUGAUGGAAAAGUAGCUAUUACAAAUGUUUUUGUUUACGUAUUGGAUGAUGACAGGAAAUUAGCCAUGGUUAUGGGGGCCAGGCCAAACGAGAUAGAAGUUAACCUUCGUAAUAUAACUAGGGCAUUGUCCAAUGUGACAGGUCUCGAUGUUAGGGUCAGAAAAUUAGAGCCCCAUUUUAAUAAAGAAGCUACUGAUAUGUAUCUUUAUGCAGUUGAUCCUUUGAUGAAUGUUAUAAUUGAUUCAGAAACAUUGAAGCAUGUGCUGAGGGCCCGUGGAGGAGAGGUUCGUAGAGCAGUAGAGCCCUACCGCCUUCUUGGUUUGGCCGAGGGAGGUGAAAUCUCAGGACCAGUAAAGAGUAGGCUCAGUUUAUCAGCUCUGGAAUUGGCCACAAUAGUGUUGGGUUGUAUCGUCUUCUUGGGAGCCAUCACAUCUGCUCUGUGUGUCGUUUGUUUGCACAAGAGGAAGAGAAAAGUUGAUACCUUCAAAAUGGGUGUUACCCCUUUAAGUGCUGAUCUGAUGUUUCAUACUAAAGAAAUGAAGGCUAGAAAUAACUUCAACCCGAGUGCCUUCACCGAAGGAUCAACGGAUAGUUAUAUAUCAGGGAACAGGUCUGAAUGUGGAUAUAGAAGAGAUCGUCGAGAAAGGAGGUCUAUGAUACAGCCUCGGCCGCAGCAAGCAUUGAAGGCUUCUUUAGCUAGUGUCCAUUCCAGCGGACGGGACUCGGGAAUAGUAGAAGCGCCCCACUGCUGCCCAUGUUCUCACUCUCCGUCCCACUCAUCUGCCAACAGCAGUCAUGGGAGUUAUGAAGAUUCAUUGAAAAGUCUCCAGCGAAGGCAUAGUGACAACAGGAGAAAAAGUAUGCGCACCUCACUCCAUCCGUACCCGCCACCACUGCCCCCUCCAGCUCUUUCGAGGCAUCCUUCUGGACGCCACUUUCAAUCAUAGCCUUUAUUUGUACUAUGAUAUGAUAGCUGGGUAAAACAGCAGACUUAGUGUUUUACACUUACUAAUAAUUUCGGGCAUCUAAAACAAAAAAAAAAAGAUGUGAUAAAUUAAUAGGAAUGACCAAAGAAUGUUUAAAUUUAACAGUUAAAAUUUACUUGGUGAAUUAAUAAUAUUCCAGUACUGAAAACCUUAAGAAUUAUUCAACAGAAAACAUUAGUAAAUUAAAAUUUAUUAACUUUAAAAGUAUAUUAAUUAUGAAAAAAGUUAAUAAAAAAGUCUGAUGGUUCGGGAGCUCUUAAGGCAAAAGAUAAAUUCUGCAUUAUAGGGAUUUCUUGUUACAUCAAUCAAAGAACAAAAUUAUUUAUAUACAGCAUUACUAUUCAUACAAAAGAAAACAAUUUGGAAUAUAUUUAGUUUUGAUCCUUCAUUGAUAAUUUUUAUGCUAAUUAUUUCCCCAAAUAUUCUGAAAAACUAUCUUAGAAACAAGUGUUUACCAGAUGUAAAUUGUUGUCUUUUUUUAUACCAAAAACUAUUCAGGCCCCUGAACAUCAUUUGCUAGACAGUUUUGUGCUUUUUGCUUCAGUAUAGAUUAUUAUAUUUUAAAUCAAAAUGUAUUUGAAUAGAUGUAUUAUAUAUUUGUUAUACCUUGGUUUACCAAAUG